CGGAGUCUUGUGACCUCAGCACUUCGUUUGACAGCACACAGUCUGAUGAGAGCGUCGGUGAAUCGCUCUGCGUCGAAUCCGCGGCUAAAAAUUUGCUUUCAGGCGUUCUCCAGCUCGGAAAAAAUGCGGGCCCUCAGUCAGCUAAUCGAACGCUGCAGUUUGUCCCAAAUCCGUCAUCUACAGAAAACUAUUGAGCCGUAUUUUCAGAGAGAUUUUAUCUCUUUGCUUCCUAAAGAACUAGCACUCGCUGUGCUCAGUUUUCUCUCUCCUCGGGAUCUCUUGAACGCAGCGCUCACCUGCCGUUAUUGGCGAGUGCUCGCCGAAGAUUUACUGUUGUGGCGCGAAAAAUGUGAAGAGGAAAACGUCUCCAUGGAGUCGCUGCCUGCUGCGUCGAGCUACAUGCAGGAAUUUCCAAGCUGUUUGGUUCGUUGUCCUUGGAAGGCCGCGUACUUGCGUCAUUCCCGCAUCGAGGUGAACUGGCGUCGGGGAACACCGUGUCGGGAACUGGUUCUUCGUGGACACGACGAACACGUUAUUACCUGCCUACAGAUGGCCGGUGACAAGAUUGUCAGUGGUUCCGAUGACGACACGCUUCGAAUUUGGUCCGUUUCAACUGGCAGAUGCCUUCACUGCCUCACCGGUCACGUGGGCGGUGUUUGGUCCAGCCAAAUGUCAGAUGAUGGCAGCCGCGUUGCCAGUGGCUCUACAGACCGCACGGUUAAAAUCUGGGAUACCGAAACGGGACAGUGCGUGCAUACCUUAUACGGGCAUACUUCUACCGUCAGAUGUCUAGCUCAAAAAAGCAAUAUACUAGUUAGUGGAAGUCGCGACACUACGGUUCGGGUGUGGAACAUGGACACCGGUGAAAAUAUACGUUUGUUUACGGGACAUAUAGCAGCGGUGCGAUGUGUACAGUUUGAUGGAAAGACAAUAGUCUCAGGAGCUUAUGAUUAUACCGUAAAAGUUUGGGAUCUGGAAUCGGCUACCUGCAUUCAUACCCUCGCUGGGCACACGAACCGGGUUUAUUCAUUACAGUUUGAUGAAAAGCACAAACUUGUUAUUUCCGGGUCGCUCGACACAUCGAUCAAGGUCUGGGACAUUGUCAGUGGCCAGUGUUUAUUUACCCUGAUUGGACACCAGUCGUUGACGUCCGGCAUGCAACUACGUGGCAAUAUCCUGGUCAGCGGAAACGCUGAUUCGACGAUAAAAGUCUGGGAUAUUCACACUGGCCAGUGUCUGAACACUUUGGCUGGCGUGAACAAACACCAGUCAGCGGUGACAAGUUUGCAGUUUUUGCAGAAUGGUUUGGUUGUCUCCUCUUCGGAUGACGGAACUGUCAAAUUAUGGGAUCAUAUAAUUGCAGGGACGUUCAUCAGGGAUGUAAUCAGGUUGCCUAGUGGUGGCUCUGGUGGAUGCAUUUGGCGACUGCGAGCGAAUUCCACGACGUUAGUUUGUGCGGUUGGCUCCAGAAAUGGCACUGAAGACACAAAGCUUAUGGUUCUUGAUUUCAACGCCGAUUAUCCAUAA